AUGGCAGCGGCGGCGGUGAGGUUCCUGGGGACGUCUCGGUGUCUUGUGUCCGGGUCCCGGGCCUGGCUCUGCGGUGUGCAGCGGACUAGAAGCUGGCUGGAGCCCGGGGCGGCCCGUCUGUACAGCUCAGAAGGAAAGGUCACAGUAAAGUUUGUAAAUCGUGAUGGAAGCACAAUUGUAGCUGAGGGGAAAGUUGGAGAGUCACUCCUGGACCUUGUUGUAGAGAAAAACUUAGACAUUGAUGGUUUUGGUGCCUGUGAGGGGACAUUGGCCUGCUCUACUUGUCACCUCAUCUUUGAGGAUCACAUAUUCCAGAAGCUAGAACCAGUCACCGAUGAAGAAAUGGACAUGUUGGAUCUUGCCUAUGGACUCACUGAAAUGUCACGACUGGGUUGCCAAAUUUGCCUCCAGCCAUUCAUGAAUGGAAUGACUGUAAAAGUCCCAGAAUCUGUAGCGGAUGUACGGCAAGCAAUGGAUAUGGGCAAGAACUCUUGA